UUGAGGAGUGGAUACCCAUGUCUCUCUCGACUCGAUCUGUUGGGAGAAUGAGCAAAGACAGAGAUCAGUUUUGGUUUUGAGCGAAACAGUUUUCAGCCCUCCCACUGGGUGGAUCAGCCUUUAUUAGCAAGAUUCAGACAGCAAGAUUGACAGACAGAUCCAGAGACUCUGGUGAAACCUACCUGCUGUUUGUUCUCUACCAAGUAGCUGCAAUGCAUUCAAACAGACCACCACCACCAGAGUAUCCUCAGAGGCUAACCAUCGCUCUGUUUGGAAAGAGAGUUCAGUUAAAGAACGCCAUUGGAAAUAUGAUCCUCAGUAGUAAAAAUGCUUUUGUCACAAUAUCAAAUAGCCAUGUUGUGGCAGAGAGCAACUUGUUCAAAAUAAUCAACACUGCUGAUUUCCUUGAUGAAGACUGUCUGUACCCAGACCAGCAGAUAAUUGACUUCAUGGCAGUUUCUCAUCCUGGCCCCAAUCUGUUCAUACUGGCAGUAGAUUCAGAAAACACUCAGGAGGAAAAAGUCGUCGCUCAGAUCAGUAGGCUUCAGGACGCCUUCGGAGAAAAGAUCACAGCGCACUUGGUCGUCAUGUUACCAGACCUUGAAAGCUUCCACUCGCUCGGUCACCUGAGGGAACUGUUCAACAUCCUGCUGGCAAUCGCCAACGAAAAUCUGGCCAAGGAAUGCAGGAAGUGGUGUCAGAACCAUCAGCCAUUCUUGUAUGACUACAAACACUACAGCCAAGAUGUUGUGAUGCGAAGAAAGACAGUCUUGGAGAAGCUAAGGUCGAACCCUCAGUGUCACAAUGGCAGACCUGGUGAUGUCCCCACCAGUCCACACCCCUCACAACGUGUGUUUCCUGCAGGUAACACUGCCUAUGGAGUGUCGGAGAACAUAUUCAACAUCGUUUUACUGGGACUGACUGGGACCGGAAAGAGUGCAUCUGCAAACACCAUCCUGGCUGCUGGAAACUCCCAGCUGGAUCCAAGUCAGCUUUUUAAAUCUGAGCCAAGCUCCAUGCCGGUCACCACGCAGUGUGAGGUCAGAAUCAUGGAGAAGCCGUUCGGGAUGCACGUGAGAGUGGUCGACACUCCAGACUUCUUUCAUGACCAACUCCAAAAUCCCCAGGCACAGAUAGAGGAGUGUAAGAGGUACUGUAAGCAAGGGCAAUGUGUGGCGCUGCUCGUGUUACAGCUGGGCCGGUUCACAGAUGUUGAGAGAGGAAUUUUAGAAAACCUGGAGAACAAGUUAGGCUGGAUGAUCAGGGAGAGCACGAUCGUGGUGCUGACCCACGGAGAUGACCUGAAAGGAAACGUGGAGGAGUUUGUCAAUGCACAUGCUGCCCUGAGGAACAUUAUCGAAAUGUGCGGUUUUCGCUAUCAUGUACUUAACAACAACUCCAAAGACAUUAAGCAGGUCAUGGAGCUCAUCAAGAAAAUUCCAAAUUACAAAAAAGUUUUCCCAAAGUUCACAAAAAAGAUGUCAGGUUCUGAAUGCUUGGUCUGUUAGACGGCCAGCUUGUGCUCAUUGUUGCAGUCAGUUAACCAUGAACAAAUCUGUUCUUGUUUUUUCAUGCUGAAGGAUUUAAUUGAUUCCAGUGUCCGAGCAAUAACACAGAUGUAGUUUAUAAAUUUAUCAACCCGUUAGAUCUUUAGGAUCAUGUUACCAUGAUUUUUGUUGUCGAACAUUCAGAAUAUUCCAUAAGUGUUUUGUGAAUGUUUUCCUGAUUAAAUCCAGCAGAGAGCACAACAGAAAAAGGUUUAUUUUUUUUUUUUCAAAUGAUCAAAAAAUGAUUUGGUUUUGUUUAUCGUUUGUAUGUUUGUAUAUUAGAAUUUAGUCUUGGAUUCUUUUCUGAGUGAGUCACUUUGAUUUAAUGUAUUUUUAUUCAGAUUUUGGACUGAUAUAUAGAUUUUUGCCUGUUUAGCAUUAGCAUUCAUGAACAGUACACACUGAAGAGCAUGAAUUCUGUUUAUGUUAUUAUUGUUAUUGUUUGUUUGUUGUUGGUUUGGUUAGGGUUUUUCAUUUUGGGUUUUUUUUUUUCCAUGGCACCUGCCAGGCUCUGUCAAGCAGUGUGUUGCAUUUGCAGACAAAGUGCUACUGAACACAGAUGGUCUGAAGAAGAAGACAAAGAAAAAGAUGAUACUUCAACACAUUUCUACCACAUUCUUAAUCAGAGUCACCAUUUAGUUUUUGAGUGAGCUGAAUGUGUGUGUGUGUGUGUGUGUGUGUGUGUGUGUGUGUGUGUUUUGCCUCUGACAUGUGUUGCACAAUCAGGAGCACACAGGAGCUGUUCAGCAGGGAAUUUCCCAUUGUUUAGCUGUCAGUGUGACAAAGCUCACAAUAAAAUGUCUCUGACUUUCUUCAUGCUCCCACCAUGACCUGCUUCACCAUCUGGCCUCAUAUCAUCCACUGUAACAGUAGAAGUAUUUCAUAGCAGUGUCCUGCUACACUGCUCCUGAUGCCUCUGUGACCUCAGUGGUAUGAACUCUUUUUAAGAAUCUUAUUCUUAAGCUUAUUUCUUACUCAGCUUAUUCUUCCUCAAAGUGAGUUGAGGCGAUCAACAUCCAUCUCAUGCCUGUCUGUUAAAUACAGAGCUGGAGUCAAGCUGUGAUUAGCUUAGCUUAUCUUAGCAUAAAGACUGGAAGCAUGGAGAAACAGUUAUGCUGGCUAAGUCCAAAGCUCAGAACUACACCUACCAACACCUCUAAACCUCGCUGAUCAACAUGCUGCAACAACAAUGUGGUGCAGUGACUCCCGGAAGUGUAGCUGUCACAGUGAGAAUGAUUUGUGAGCCACCUCAGCUUUUCUUGACAGUGUGUGUGCAUUUAUUUCUAUGAGUCGGGACGUGACAGUGAGCAUCCAGUGCUUAUGUGCUGUCUGCAGUUAAGGGGACAAAGGUAGCAGAUGUCUUUACCUGAGUCUUUCCAUUUUGUCAGUGUUUUAUAUUGUCCUCUACAUUUAAGAGGCAAAUAAUGUACUUUUUCUUCACUACAUUUAUCUGGCAGCUGGAGUUACUGGUUAAUUUUUUGAUUAACAUUUUACACUCUGAGAUCAGUAUGGCUCCUUUGGAUCAAAAUCUCCAAAAUGAAAAAUAGCCUCGUUUCAGCUCCAUAAUAAAAUUUGAUUCAUAUGAGAGUUUUAGAGAUUUUUUUUUGUUUAUCUGAAAGGAUGAAAAUCCAUGAAUUACCAUUAAAGUUUAGUCUCAAGUGCAA